CUACAUUUAGUAAUUUUUUACUCUUAUAAUCUGUGCUAAAAACGGCAACUUCAUGCCAUCUAACAAUAACAAUAAGUUUUAUUUUUAGCCACUAUACCCUCCUUCCUUCCUUCAAAAUUACAUGAUCUAAUAAUACAUUCACGUCCUUUGUUCUCAAAAAAGUUAAUUUUAUCUUAUGAAAGAUUUAUCCCACAUUUUUCUCCGCUUUAACUCCCACAUUUUUUUUUUCAGUUUGCGCUUUUUUGCAAUCACGGUAUAAGGAAAGUAUAAUAACUAAAUAUGGAACCAUCGGUUUUCAUUUUGGAAUAGGCUUAGUUGAUUGAUUCAAAGUAUAUAAGUACGUUCACAUAGCCCAUUUGUUUUGAAGUGAAAUAAUCUCUUCUUCUUCUUCUUUAUCCAAUCCAGAUCAAGACAUCAUGAACUUAAUAUCAAUACUUUCAAUUACAUUAUUACUUAAUUUAUCAUCAUUUAUCAAUGCUGAAUCAUUAGAUUCAUCUCAAUUACAUUUCUUAACUAUAUUUGUAAAUGAUGCUAAAUCUCAUUUAUCAGAUUAUAUACAAUACAUUGAAACUGCCACUGUAUCAGUCCCCGAAGGAUUAACUUCUCUUGCUAUUGAAGUUCAAACUUAUACCAAUGAUGCUUAUACUUCCUUAUUAAGUAGUAAUGGGGAGAUUAAUAUCAGUCAAUUGGAAACGUUUGCUACCAAUUUACCAUGGUAUAGUUCAAGAUUAGAAGGGUCGAUUGAAACAGGUGCUACUACAUCCACUGCUACGACAACAAGUACAAAUGGUCAUACAUCAAGUUCGACCAGUGUAAAAACAACCAGUUCAAAAACCACGAGCACCAAGAGUUCAAAGUUACCGGUUAAUUUUUCUGCAUCACUUGUUCCACCAGCCACAACAUCUACAUCAGCUGGGGAAGGGAUUAAUAUGGGAUCAAAUUUUAAAAAGGGAUCAUUUUUAUUUUCGGUUGGAACCAUUUUAGCCAUGUUAGUUUAGAGAAUGAAGAUCAAUUCCAUAUGAUGUUUACCCAUGAUGAUGAUGAUGAGGGUUCGCGGUGGGAAAAUUUUGUAUUAGGAGCAUUGGCUUAUAUUUAUUAUAUAUGAUUUUGUAGUUUUUACUUAAAAUAGCAAUAUUAAAAAUUGAUUUUAGGG